GUUGCAGAUCCCUCCGCCACCGUGUUUGGAUUAAAUCUCGCACCAAGAGUAGAAAACUUGUCACUGAUUACGACAAGGAAAUUGCAGAGAAGAUAGCUCAAUUAGAAGAGAAGCUUAGUCAGGGACAAAUUCAGGUCCAGGGCCAAAACGAUAUCCUGACGCAGGCGCUCGGGACACCAGAGCAUCCUGGACGUGUCAGGGCUGCUGGGUUCCUGACCAGGGCAUCUCAACUGUUCGGUAGGAAGAAAAGGGAAGUGUCUGAUGUUGUGGCUCGGCAAGCGAAGGAGAUUGAAAAAUUAAAAGCCGAAGUCCAAUCCCUUAAGCAGCAGAGGAACGCUGCCGAACAAGAGGAAGAAGGAGAGGUGGCUGGUGAGGCGUAUGUUCCACAACCAUACGCUCCUCAGGAUGAGGUACAACCACAAAUUUAUGCUGAGGAGUUUAUUUCCCUCAACGACCAAGGUAUCCUAUACAAUUUUGAUGACCAUGCGGCCCUUAAUCAGCAAGUACAUCUCUGCUCUGACAACAUCGACAAUAUUGUGGCCCGAGGGUAUUUGUACGAGCAUGUGGGUACGAUCAAAGUUCACUGCCAGGAUUACGAUGAUUCACAUGCCCGGAUCAUGGUUUCGGAAAUCCUGCAAGAGGACGCUGAAAUCCCAGUCCCAAUUGAAGAGUGCAGAUAUGUUAGGGACGUAUGCCAGAUGUUCCUUCCUUGGCCUAAACACUUAAUUUUAACAACCGAGGGUCCACUCGCUCAACCGCCCUCAAGACGUAAUGCGUCAAAGGGGAAAGCUCCGAUGCUUUCUCCACAAGGCCGUGGUGCACGGGAAGAUGACUUGUUCACGGAAGAGAAGAUGGCGUUGAUCCCUAAUUCGCUAAAAUGGAUGAUUCAUGAAUUCCUAAGGCUCAAAGAUAAACGUGAUAUAAUCACAAUUCCUGUCCCCCGAGGAUUCAUUGCACCGCGUACCCAGAUCACGUUAUCUGGAGAGGAUUUGCAGCAGGUUGCUACGUGUGACUACAUCGGCAACCAGGGAAUGCUGUUUGGAAUGAUGCACAUAUGGGAGAGCAUCAACGGUCUGAGAAAAAUUUUCAAGUUUUACGACCCAGAACUUCUCACAGUGCAUGGGAUCAACGAUGAAGAACAGAGUCAGUCUUUUGACGAUGCGGCAAGACGAUUGGCUAAUUGGUUAUCAUUAAUGAACAACAACCACCAAAUGUUCUUUAUUCCUUGGAAUAUCGGGUAAACUUUAUUAAAUUCUUUAGUGCUAAUUGUUCAUUUCUAUAUUAUGUCUUCAAAUUAUUUUUAUACUAUCUUACUUAUAUUCCAGUAUAAUUUUCUAGGAUGCAUUGGACGCUAGUGGUGGUUGCGCCAGGGAAAAUUAUCCAUUUAAACCCUGUAAAAGGCCGCCCAAUUCCCGAAGAAAUAGAACAAAUGAUCGGAAGGUAAUAAUUUAAUGACUUCUUAUGUAACGAAUUUAAAUUAACUAACGAAUUGAAAUGCUAAUAUAAUUUUCCCAAACAGGGCAUUCAUGUAUAUAGGGGACGCACAUCAGUAUCUUGGCCCGUGGCAAGGAAUUUCACAAGCAAACUGUCCAAGACAACCUAAAAGCCAAGAAUGCGGUUUUUAUGUUUUGAAAUAUAUCACUGACAUCGUCGCACGUGCCAACCCCAGCCGUUACAUACAAGAUCAAAAAGCUGUAAGUUUUAAUUAUUGAUUAUAGUAUAUAAAUUCUAUAAUAAUAAAUAUAUAAUAUACAUAUACAUAAACUAAUAUAAAUUUUUAAUUUUUUUAACAGUUUGGGGGUAAGAAGCAAUACGAUCCAAAAACAGAAUUGUUACCACUACAGCGAAAGUGGAUCGAACAAUUGAUGGCGGUGAUUCACGGUGACGA